UCGAAACAUCGGGGACGUGGAAAAGGCAAUUGAACGAACAAUCCAAGACCACAACCCGAGGAAAGCAAAGCCUUUCCUACCGGGUACGAAGCUCGAGGCGCUAAAGGCAAAAGACCAAAAAAUGGUCCUCCUUUGGGCGCUAUCGGGAUUGCGGGGCGACAGCAUCGCGGCGGUGGACGACACGGACAUCUCCAAAAAAGGAGACGUGUGGCGCAUCCACAUAUCCGAAGACAAAAUCCGCAAACAACGCGGUAGGAUAAUAGAAAUCCACUGCAAUUGCGACACCAACGCAAAAACAGUUGGUGCACGAAAUCGCUUUUGCCCGAUGCACGGCGAAGGCGCUGUUAUGAGAUCUGAUUUCCCAUUAGGCAAGGCCAGGAUAAGUAGCUUGGCGAAGGGAGAAACAUAGUCGAUCCACCACUACAGUCAAGUAGGCAUUCAUAUGGGCCCUGAAACAGUGACACCAAAGCGAACCAAACAAGACCAAAGGUCGCACCCCGUCCACCCGGAGGGAGUCAGAUGCUUACUAUGACCUAGGGCUUCUCAGAACUGCCUGAUACUCAGCAGUAGUGCCUAUCCUUAUUUUUUUUUUUUUCCAACAGCUACAGCCCGAAGACUAAUAGCACUGCCUGAUACUCAGCAGUAGUGAACCAACUUUUUCGCUAUAGAUUCGAGAGGAAAAACCAAGGCCAUUAUAACCAAGGCACUGCCUGAUACUCAGCAGUAGUGUUAACCACACCCAUAGGAGCAGCAACAGAGAGCAGAUACACCCAAGGUCGCGCUGCCUACGCUUAGCCAGGACCAUAGCUCAAACAUGGAGAAACUCAGACUAAUCUCAGUAAAAGCACACCCAAGUCACUAACUAAGCCCCUCAGCAAGGACAUUAGUCUGAGCAACCCCCACAGCACCCUUAACAUCAAGCUUAAACUCCAACAGCCACCAACAGCGCCACCCUCGGGUUGAGCGAAGACCUCUUUCAAACACGGAGAGGCGUCUACCGAACAGCUUCCACCGACCAGCUACUAGUUCUUCUACGGGGUUUUUGUACACUAGUAGCAGCACAGGAACAUCGCAGCCAUUUAGACCGAGUUUUUUCUCUCACUUUAGGCUAGUCAAGUGCCCACUUGCAAGACGUACGCUUCGUAACGUAAGCCACUACCUUUUCUAACAGGACACCACCCAGCUAAGAGAGAGCCACGGCACCCACCUGUAGAAUAGAGGCACCACCGAAGACACAAGCACACUUACUACCGAGCGUUCAGACAAGGGCAGACUAAACUCUGACCGAAAGAGUUACGGCACACUGCACAGCUGCAGGAGAAGACUCGCAUUGGCAACGCGACGCGAGUGGGAGCAAGGGAAAAUCUCCGUGAAGGAGGAUGAAUUCCUCACCCACAUGGGCUGGGAACAGUCCAGCAAAAUGUGGGACGAGUACACAGCCGACCACAAAACGUGGGAGGCUUCGGAAUUCAUCCCGCUGCACGGAUUGCGCAGGCGGUGGCCCUCGGGGGGGGGUCCACCCCCGCGCGUUUUCGUGCAGCCCAAGGCGGUCCAAGAGGACACCUUGGUCAAGCGGACGAUCAAGAUCACCCCCAAGCAGAAGCUACAGAAGAAAGGGC